UACAAAAGUCUCAGUUAUCAAUUGACCAUUGACACGGACAGACGUGUUAUCAAUGGAACGUGUAUUUUAUAUUCUUUGUGCAUUUCUAUUUAUUAACACCCAAGCCAACUGGGUGGCUGAAUAUGGACCGUUUAAGACCCUUUUAUAUUCUGAUUGGAUCACAUGUGACCACAGCAGAGACUUGGAUUUAAACGUAACUGCCACAGAAGUCUACUUCUACGAUUUCCAAAAUAAUUUCAACUACAGUUACACCAUCGACAGCGCAGCGGAAGCCAUCCAAAAUGCCUAUAACCUAGAUGUUAAGAGACGUCUCAUUUUGUUCGUGCCAGGCUACAAGUCCCAUAUUAUACGAAAUGCUCCAGAACUUAUACGCGUGGCAUUCAAAAAUGUCCCAAAUGUGUACCUAAUGAUCAUAGACCAUUCCAUUUACACCUCAGCGCAAGGUGGCAAAGUAAAAAGUUAUGAGCGAUCAGUCAAUUACGCAUUUGAUUUGGGGAAAGCGGUAGGACAACUUUUAACCAAGUUUCGAUUAAUGGGAUUUGAAUCUAGGAAUAUUCACUGUAUUGGCCAUAGUUUGGGCAGCCAGAUUCUAGGAUAUGCUGGCUCUACCUACAUUAAUAUGACUUCGGAAAAAGUUUGGAGGAUAACAGGAAUCGAUCCAGCGGGACCUUGCUUUUCUAACUCUUUGAUUGAAGAUCAACUUCGUUCAGGAUGCGCUGAAUAUGUUGAAGUGUACCAUUGUAAUGCUGGAGGGUUAGGAACAACUAGUGUUUUAGCUGAUACGGAUUUCUUCUUGAAUGAUGGGAAAACUCAGCCACAUUGCGAUGCCAGUUUUUUGAACAGUUUCGGAGAUUCAGAAGCGAGGUGCAGUCACAAGUCAUGUGUUAAGUAUUGGACAGAGACUGUGGGUAACCCAGGAUGGUAUUUGGCCUGGAAAUGUGAUUCUUACAAGGCGUUUUCUAAAGGCAAAUGCGCGGCCAAUGAAGUGACGAUUGCUGGUUAUUCCAAUCCCGGGAAUGCUACAGGAGUGUUCUAUGCUUCAACUGGUACUUAUGGUGUUGCAUAGUAAAAUGUUCAGAAGAAUAGCUGCACCCAGACAAUAUGUGCGAUUAAGUUAUCAAAAGUGUAAGUUUUUCAAGGCCUGAAUGGAUUUGGCUGUAUGUAGGAGGUAUCCAUGGAAUUAGUUAGCAGCUUAGCUUAUUACAAAGCUGUGGGGGUAUAGUUAGAAUCCUCACCUACAUAUUAUAAUGCCGAGUGGCACCGGCUAUAAUUUUUUUUUAAAUAAUUCAAGGUGGUUUUUUAGUUCUUUGGCAGGGCAGCCGUGUUUUAAUUUUUUUCAUUACUUUAAUAAAGCUUAUGCAAAGGCCAAAGAGUUAGGAAAUAGUCCAGGCUACGUCUUAGGCAUAGAUAUGUACUUAGGUAUUUUAAAACGUACUUUACUACUUUUAUUGUAUGUAUCUACGGUUAUUUUUCAGGGAGAGUGUUUUUCACGAUUCAUUGUUAACUUUAAUUAGUCGAACCUAGGUAUCUACCUAACAUAGUAGCUCUAUCUACCAACCUACAAUAGUGAAUAGAGCUUAACAAACGUUAAAUUGUGAAUGGACUGUGAUACAAUUUGUUUUAGAUAUUAGAACUGUGAAGAUAUUUUUAGAACAAUAAAAUGAACUUGUUCUGGAUUUUGUACAAUAAAACAACAUAAUCAUGAG